AUGGCUUCCCACCGCAUCGGCGCCCGCCUGUCUGGCCUCUCGCCAGAGCAGCUUGUCGCCUUCAUCGACGAGCAGGCGCCCCUCUGGAGCGCCGCCGCAAUGCGCGUGGCGGAGGAGCACGCCGCACGGCUCGUGGAGCAGCCCGAGUGGGUGCUCUCCGAGGUCCUCCUCUCUCCGGACCUCGCCCCGCACAUCCUCGCCCAGCUGCCGACCACGGAGCACGCCGUCAAGGGGACAUGCCGCGCGUGGCGCCGCGGCUGGAAGGAAACGCUGAAGAAGCGCGAGAGGCCGCGCGCCGCGGACGAUGAUGGUUGA